CCAGUGGGACAAGUGCUUUUCAGCUGGCAGUUCAUAGCAGCUUCUGCUCCUUCUCAACUCUCAUUGUGUGGAAACUCAGAAGAUGCUUUUCUGAGCUCUUGGUUUUCUCAACAUUGAGAUCAUGGUUCUUAUCAUGAGUGGAAGGAGAGGAUGAAUGAGUGUGAUCUGCUAGGCCAGAGAGUAUAGCCCUGCUAUGUUCUCCUGUGGUCCCUUUAUCAUCUGAUUAAACCUAUAGUCAACUGACAUCUACCACAGGCCGUUGGAUGAAGUUAAAAUGGCCUCUCACAAGCAAAGCUUUCAAUGCUUUGACACCAUCACGGACGACCCAUCUCUCAAGACCCCUUUCCCCCAUGGACACUGCUCCUCAGCGUCCUUCAGAGGCUCAUCUGGCUCGACUAGACUGGAGUCGCUGGAGGAUCAUGGAUGCUAUCUCUGUGCCGAUCACCAGCAAGCCAAGGCGAUGGCUUCAGAGGCCACAGGAGCUUACUCGAACCCAUGGUAUCAUUUCCAGACACAUCCACACUCUCAGCAGUAUACAGUCAGGAGGCCCACUCAACCUGAGGAAGCUCCUGGGCAGGUUGAAGAUCACCACCACCACCAUCACCAUCAUCACAGGCACUCCAGGAAGAUUGUACUUGUGAAAAACAGUGACCCCUCUGUCCGGAAGACCAUCGUGCUGCACCGCAGGAGCCUGCGCAGUCUGGCGCUCUUCAUGGACGAGGUCUCUGAACUCAUGCAGUGUCUCAUCAGGAAGCUCUACACACUGGAAGGCCACAAGAUUGACAGUGUGCAAAGUCUGCUGCAGUGCCCGAGCAUUUUGGUUUGUGUGGGACGUGAGCCUUGCCACCCACUCCUGUUGGACAGCUUCAGGAAGAACUCUUACGACAAACUUCCAAGACUGAACACAAAGCAACGCUCUAGUGUCUGCAGUGAUGAAAAGGGGGCCAAGAAAAAUGUCAACUUUGGACUUGAAACUAAAAGAAGCGUCAUCCAUCCAAGGUGUGAUUCAAGCAACAGAUCAGCAAGACUAUCCAUCUCAUCUGAAAAGUUGUUUCCCAAUGGACUUAACUCAUUACCACCAGGGCACAGAGGUGCUUGUCCUCAUCCAGGAGAAAAUACGAUGGAUGAUGACAUUGAAAAGCGAGUUCUGGUCAACAAAGACGGAAGCCUGUCAAUGGAGAUGAAAGUGCGCUUUCGACUAUUACACAACGAGACAUUGCACUGGUCCACAGAAGUGAAGAAGGCAAAGAGCACUUUUAAUGAAUACCCUAUUGUACCUGAUGAUGCUUGUUCCCUCUCGCAUGGCAGUGCAGAGAGCUGCUCAGAAGCGGAUUCUCUCUCUGCUGGCGAUGGCGAUCUAGCAGAUGAGACAUACAGCACCAAACGUUACCAGAGACACUUUGAGGAGCCACAUUGCCAGCACUGUUGUGCUCACUGUCAGGAAUAUGAUAUCUGGAAGAAUCUUGUACCUCCUGAUCAAGGAUCAGUAAGACGCAUCAGAUCUUCAAGCUCAAGUGCGUCCUCGCGGAGAAUAGUGUGCAAAAAGGCAUCUACUGACAGCAUACGCACAAUGUCCAGUGAGGAGUACACAGAGCAUGUAGUGGAAAAGGCAACUUGCAUUCAACGGACCUUUGGGCAGCAGGGUGACUCCACAGUUGAACAAUGUACCAUCAACCAUUGCCACAGUCGAAGUGAAGUACACUCAAUGUCCCCUAAAACAAAGAGCACAAGUGCUGUAGAAGACAAGCCUGAGAACACUCAUGUAUCUGAAAAUGACGAGAACAGACCUGAUGUCAUAUCCUCUAACCUACCUAAAGAUCAGUUAAGUGUUCAGAUUACUCAGCCAGUGGAGGAAGAGGAGAGGCCUGUAUCUGUUGUGAGUUCUUCUUCUCAAAUUUUAGCAUCACUGAAGGAGGAUCAAGAUGAUGAAGAUGUUGACCUUUCUCUGAGCACCUCGAGAAUAUCCCAUGGCCAACAGGAAGAUAAGGAGAGCAAAGAUGCAGAACCAACCCCAUGUUCUACUACACCCUGUAAAUCUCCUGCAUCUCCUGCACAUUUGUCACCAAGACCACCAAGCAAAGCUUCAUCUUUAGGACGGUCUAAAAGAUCCAGAAAGUUGGUCAGUCCAGAAGUAGAUGAUGAAGAGGGCAGGUCUGAAGCAUCUGCUUCACCCAAAGCAUCAUCUGGAUUUAAAAAUUUGGUCACCAUGGACUUAGCAUCUCCAGGGGAUUCUGAAUCAAUUGAUCAACUAGAAGACAUUCAACACAAAACUGAUGUGCAAGAUGAAGAAAAAGAAGAAAGGGCACUAAGCGUGCUGUCAGCCAAAUCAAAAACUUCUGUGAAGUCACUGUCUGAGUUAUCAGCCUCUUGUGAGAAUGAAAAUGCCGCUGAGUAUACUGGAGCAAACAGUGAAAUAAUAGAGGAGCGAUCCUCGAGUGCUAUCUCCAUAAAAUCCAAUAUCUCUGGAAAAUCAAAUAGAACAAAUGUUUCAGAGGUACUUGAAAAGGAUGGAAGAGCACCCAGUGCCAUGUCAGUAAAAUCUCAGAGAUCUGACAAAUCAAGAAAAACCGACAUCUCAGACAAUGUGUCUGAGGGACAAAUCUCUGAAGUAAGAACAUCAAGUGCUAUGUCUGUUAAAUCAAAUAUGUCCGUAAGGUCAAACGUAUCAGAUGUUGGCUUUGUUGAGGCUUUACAAGACAAUGUUGAGGAGAGGGCCGUAAGUGCUGUGUCAUCUAAAUCGAAUAUUUCCGCUACAUCUAGUCAGUCUAAAGAGCCACAGUCUGAUGGGCCAUUAGAUGAAAGAAUAGAAGAAAAAGCUUCAAGUGUUAAAUCUGGAACAUCAAACAAGUCUGGAAUCAAAGCGGUGACAAAUGAUGAUCAAACAGUGGAGAGGGCUCCCAGCUCCAUUUUGAUAAAAUCAAAUAUUUCUGCAAGAUCAAAAAUGUCAAUUGAGCUGAGCGAGCUUGAAGAUCAAGACAGAGCCCCCAGCAGCAUUUCUGUAAAAUCAAAUGUCUCACGUAAAUCAAAGUCUGACAUGUCAGAAGCAGCAUCUUUCCAAGGAGAUGAAUCUUUAAAUUCAGUGAAAUUAAACACACCUGAAGCUGAAGCAGCUCCUCAAGCAGAGCUACCAGGGGAGAGAUCGCCAAGCUCUGUGUCAUCAAAAUCAAAUAUCUCUACAAGAUCCAGAACAUCCAAAAAUGUUGAGGUAGACCAAGACGAAGCACAGGAAAAAGAAGAUGUUCAGGAAAGAGCAUCAAGUGCUAUUUCAGUAAAGUCUACUACAUCUGCAAGAUCAAGGAAAUCUGAAACAACACCAAAAUCAGGAGAAGAAAUGAAGGAACGAGCUCCUAGUGUUAUGUCAGUCAAAUCAAAUGCUUCUUUAAAAUCAAAUAAGUCUAAGAUGGAGGAGGAGGAAAUAGAAAACAGAGCCUCCAGUGUUUUGUCUGUUAAAUCUGAAGAGAAAUCGAAUCAGUCAGACAUAGAGCAAAUGGAGAAAAGACCAUCGAGUGCAAUAUCAGCUAAAUCAAAUGUUUCUGUAAGAUCUAAAGGAUCCAAAAUGUCAGAGGUGGCAGGAGAUGAUGAUCGAUUAUCUGCAGCAGCAUUACAUACCUCUGAAACAUCAAAUGAAUGCAGCACAGCACCUGAAGAAGCCUGCAAAGGCACAGAGAAGUCACCAGACAAAGAGAAAAGAGCACGAAGUGCAUUGUCAACAAAAUCCAGUAACUCUGCUAAAUCCAAGAAAUCCAAAAUAUCUGAUAUGGCUGAUGAUAUUGUAGCUGGAGAUAGAGAUGAUUUGAGAUCUGCAAGUGCAAUGUCCUCUAAAUCGAAUGUAUCUGUGAAAUCAGCGGUCUCAGAAUUGGUCACAGAAGAGCCUUUAGAAGCACAGGACCAAACAGAAGAACGGGCUCAGAGUGCAUUAUCAGCACAAUCCAAUCAGUCAGGAGUGACUGUAAGUGAGGGAGUUGAAGUUGGAGAGGAACGGGCACUGAGUGCCAUGUCAUCUAAAUCCAAUGCUUCUGAAAGACCAAAAAAAUCCAAUAGUUUAAAAGUGCCAACUGCUUUGCCUCAAGCAGCAGAACACCAAACAGUGGAACGAGCUCAGAGUGCAUUGUCAGCUAGAUCAAGAGUUUCAACAAGAUCCAAUAAGUCCAAAAUUUCAGAUGUUUUAGCUGAUGAGCUUGUUGAUGUGAAAGACCAAGAAGAAGAGAGAGCUUCAAGUGCUUUGUCUGCAAAAUCCAGCAUUUCCGCAAAGUCGAAGUCAAAUGCUUCUGCAACAGACGUCAAAGCUGAUGACAAAGAAAAAGGAGACAGAGUACCAAGUGCUAUGUCAGGAAGAUCUGAUAUUUCUACCAAAACCAGUAUCUCUGCAAAAUCCAAAGCAUCAAAAGUUUCAGAAGUACCAUCAGAAGAGCCUGAUGAUGAAGAAAGUGAAGUAAAAGCACCAAGCAUUACUAAAUCCAGCAUUCCAGUAAGAUCCAAUAAGUCAAAGCAUUCAGAAAUGGGUGCUGAAGAAGAGGUUCAGAACAUAGAGAGACCUCCAAGUGCAAUUUCAGUAAUAUCUGAUGCCACACAUGAUGAAAAUGAAAUGACAAAUGAUGGUGAAAUCCAAGAAAGGGCUCCAAGUGCUGCAUCUGCAAAAUCACGUUCCUCUGUAAGAUCCGGAACAUCAAAAGUUUCUGAAAUAAUCAGAGAUGAGCCAGAUAAAGAAAAAGUAGAGAGGGCACCAAGUUCUAGGUCAUUGAAAUCUGAUGCCUCUGGAAGAUCUGGUCCAAAUUACCCUGUCAAUGAAGAAAAGGAAGCAAGAACAGAAAGCACUUUGUCCUCAAUUUCUGUAAGAUCAAAGAAGUCAGAAGAUUCUGAGAUAAUCAGCAAUGUAGAACGGAGAGCAUCGAGUACAGCAUCAGUUACAUCUGAAACAUCUGCAAGAUCUAAAAGGUCAAAUAUUUCUGUAGUUGCUCCUAAAGAAAUUGGAAACACAGAUACUGUAGAUGUCCGAGCAUCAAGUGCAAUGUCUGCAAAAUCUUGUGCAUCUGAGAAAUCAAAAUGUUCAGAAAGAACAACUGAGGAGGAUGAAGAAGCAAGUAAAGUGGUAGACAGAACAACCAGCUCUUUGUCUGUGAAGUCAAAUCCAUCCAUAACAUCGGAUGCCACUGUUAAAUCAAGAGUUGUGCCUACUAAAUCAAAUGCUUCUGCAAAAUCCCUCCUCUCAGAAGCUGAAGAACCUGACAGAAGAUCAACAAGUGUGGCCUCUAAUGCAUCUGCAGAAACUAAAAUGUCUAAAGCAGGUGUGAACACAAAAGCAAACCGUUCACCAAGCAAAUUGUCAGUUAAAUCAAAUGUAUCUACAAGAUCCAAGAAGUCUAAAGUUUCUGAGGGUGAGGACCAAACACACACAAACACUGAAGAUACAGGAUUAUACCGAGAUGAGAGUCCGUUGUCCGAUCACUCAAAAGUAUCUCAAACAGAGAACUCAAAUGAAUGUAUUUGUGGUGCAAUAAACAAACCAUCAAGUCCAGUGGCAUCUUCUGAAAAAAACUUCGACCAUGAAGAGAUACCUGCAAGUCCUCUGUCUAAAAAGUCAGCAAAGUCCAAAGUCAGUUCAGUUGGUUCUGCCUCUGAAAGAGUUUUAACACCAACAAGCACCUCAGUUUCUAUUGAGAUUGUUGAAGACCAUGAGGCUGAUGAUGUCGAGGAAAUAGAUGGAGGUGCUGUUUCGAUUAACUCAAGAAUGUCUGCUUCUUCAAAGACUGAACUAUGUGGUAAAUCUGACCAGUGUUUAUCAGAAUCUCCAGUAGAAAUCACAAAUGAAGCAACACUGACACCAGAGGAAAGACCUAAAAGUUCUGCAUCAGCUAAGUCAAAUGUCUCAGGUAAAUCGAAGUCCAAAAGCUCUCAUUGCGGCUCUACAUGUCCUACAGACACAAUUCAGGACAGAGAUGAUGUAGCAAGUAAUAAAUCCUCCAAAAUAAAGUAUUUAAUGACAUUAUCUGUAAGCCAACCAUCAGCCAACAGUUCAGUGAGGCGGAGCUCUCAAACCCAGGGGAAUUGUCCAUCUAGCAAAGCUUCUGAUAUGUCUGUACACACUGAAAUCACAGGUCAAGAGAAAGCUGAAAGUCCAGAUGUUACCCAUAAAUCUCAAAGUGUCUGUUCAAAAUGCAGUUCUACACAACAGAAAGGAAAAAUUUCACGUGCUUCAAGUGCCUCAGCAAUCUCAGACUCUGAGAAAUCCAAAACGAAAGAAGGAAAUACUGCAGAAAUGACUGACAGACCAAAGAGUAAUAUAUCCAGUUCAUCUCGUUUGAAAGUAAAUGGUCAAAAGAAUGAUGUCGAAGCUACAGUUGUUAAUGAAAAAAGCAAUAAAUUAAACACCAAGUCAACACAGAAAGUUGAAGACAAUGCACCGAAGUGUCAUUCAGCGACUUCUGUUACCUCAGGAAACCAGCUAAGUCCUAAAAAACCUAAAAAAUCCAAAAAACCUGUUAUUCUACUUGGAAGCUCUAAUGAUAGCAUGUUAUCGCAGACUGUCCCUGCUCCAGAACCAAAAGAAGAAUAUAUUGACCAUUUGAAUGCAGCAGCAAAAAAACCUCAGUCUUGUAGAUCUGAUACAGUGAAAAUUAGUGUCAGUGAAAUUAAAAGUGAAAAAAGUAGCAAAUGUAGAAAAAGAAUUGGAAGUGGCUCUUCUUGCCACAAGAUGGAUGAUGACAUGUCUGAGCUGAGUCCUUCUUGCUUGCCAAAUGCUUCUCCAACUGAGGUGGUGAAUGAAUGGCUGAGGAAAAUCCCAUCAGACACCACCUUGUGUGAUUUCGGCGACGAAUUCCAUGACAGUUAUGAUUCGAUAGAGCCACUUUGCACAUCACAUGUGCCAUCAGGAGAUGAUAAUCAGCAUGGAAGUUUGCGGCCAAGUAAUGUUACCAAGAUUGAAACACAAAAUGAAAUGGAAGAUGCUCAUGUGGUGAAUACAGAAGGGGCUACUGACAAAAAAUCUCCUGAAGUUGCUGAGGGUGAUCACUCUCAGAGAGGGGAUGAACCAAAGAUGUUUGAUUCUUCGGUUCUGGUGAUGAAAGUCUUGUUGAGCCCCAAACUCGACCGAUGCAAUAGCCUACCAGAGGUAUCUUCUGUAUAUGGACUUAAGCUCAGUGCAUCAGCGCAAGGUCUUCUGGAUUGUUUGGCAAAUCUUCAGUUGUUAGACUUUGGUCCUAGUGAUGAAGACGGUAAAAAGGAAAAAUACCAGGAGCUCAUGAGCAUGCUCAAGUCUCUUUGGCUUUGUGACCCAAAAGACAGUGAGAAGACAUCUGGGGAAAGAAACAAGCAUCUGGAUGAGGAAUUCAAAGCCAGGUCAUCCUCAGGGGUAGAUGUUAACAGUGGCUCAACAGGUUCAGGGAAAAGUAGUGUCAAUGAUGGCACCCAAGCACAAAUCAACACAGAAUGUGAAGUCCUGGAAACCCUGACAAAGGUACAGGAAGUUGAUGAAACAGUAGAAGGGGAAGCUUCAGAAACGCCAGGAUCAAAAGAUGAUUCAGCCACUCCAGAUAUAGCAAAUCAAGCUCAGUUAACCCCAGAGACAAAGGACACAGAUGAAGGAAAGCUAAAAGAUGAUGUCCCAGGCUCUGAAGAGACAAUCAGGAGUGAUGAUAGUCCAAGGGAAUUCAUUGAAACACCUCUUUCCUCAAACAAGAGUUCUGGGAAUAAUCCCAAAAAAGAGGAAACUGAAUCAGACCGCCAAGAGGACACAGGUUCAGGCAGUGCUCCAAAACAACAAAGAGGUCAUUUAUCGAAAAGGCUGUCUCAAGACCCAGAUCCUGUAUGGGUUCUGAAUUUAUUGAACAAAUUAGAAAAGCAAUUUAUGACACAUUAUGUUAACGCAAUGGUUGAGUUCAAAGUCCGUUGGAAUCUGGAUGACAACGAGCAACUUGAUACCAUGAUAUGCGAAUUGCAAGAUGAAGUCCGCAGACGGAUACAAUCGAGUGUAGACAGGGAGCUAAGGAAAAUCCAAGGCAGAGCUGGAAGACCAAGACCACCAAAAGACACAAUGUCACGUGAAUCUACCAUUCAAACAGAGCAAAGGCGAAGACGUCUGAAAGUGAUGCGCAACCAAUCAGUUGAUCCACAACCUGCUAAAAGUGACGAUGAUUAUACAAUGACAGGGACCGAUUUCAGCGAUCAACGUAGCGAUGAUGAAUAUUGUCCUUGUGACACAUGCUUGAAAAAGAAAAUGGCAUCCAAGCAUGUGUUACCUGUGGAAAUGCUUAAUUCUGCCGCUGUGAUGAUGGACUUUGAUUUAAGAAGAAUUCUCCAGAUGAAGAAAUCGGCUCCAAACAAUGAAAAGAUUGAGGAGACUGCCAAUGUACAAGCAAGUGAGAUGGAAGGAGAAAAUGCAGGGCUUGAGGCUGUCAAAGAGGAGGAUGAGAAAGAGGGGGCAGAUAAAGAAAUUCUUGCUUCCAGUGCUCAAGAAAUUGAAGAUGAAAAACAAGAAUGUGAGGAGAAUGAAGAAGAAGACAGUGCCUCUUGCUCUUAUGUAGAAGAUAGUUCAGAGAAACAAUCAAAUACACCCAGACAUUUAAAGAGAGAUGUGGAUGAAAUUGCUGAGAUGUCUGUUAACACAAUGACUGUGCAACAAGAUGAAGAGCAAGAAGAGACUGAAACUGAUUCUGAUUUAAUGGCUGUCAAAGAAAGUGCAAGCAGUUGUAAAAUUAAUGAAUUAGAUGAAGACGUGGCAAAUGAUGACAUUAGUGAAUUUGAUGACAUAAUGCAAACUGAAGCAGCAAAGGAGGAAGCAUCUGAAGAACACACUGAGGACGAAUCAGAACAGCAGGACAAGACAGCUGAUGAUGAAACUGCUGAAGAAGGGCAAAACGCAGGAACAGAAUCUGUUGAAGAGGGUGAGGCCACUGCUGAAGCAGUAGCUGCUGGAGAGAAUGGCAUAGUUGGUUGUGACACUGCAGAAGAAGGUGAGACAGCUGAGGGUGAGACAGCAGAAGAUGGACAAAUGGCUGAAUACAAAACUUCAAGAGAUGGUGAGGCAGCAGAAGAUGAAACUGCAGAAGAUGGACAAACUGCAGAAGCAGAAAGCACUUUAGAAAAUGGACAAACUUCUGAAGAUGUAACUGGAGACGAAUGUGAGACCAUUAAUGACGAGAUUGGAGAAGGGCAUGAGACAUCUGAAAAUGAAACUACAGAAGAUGGACAAACUGCUGAAGAUGAAACUGGAGAAGAAGGUGAGACAGUUAAUAAAGACACUGCAGAAGAGCAUGAGACAGCUGAAAGUGAAACUGCAGAAGAUGGACAAACUGCUGAAGAUGAAACUGGAGAAGAAGGUGAGACAGUUAAUAAAGACACUGCAGAAGAGCAUGAGACAGCUGAAAGUGAAACUGCAGAAGAUGGACAAACUGCUGAAGAUGAAACUGGAGAAGAAGGUGAGACAGUUAAUGAAGACGCUGCAGAAAUGCAUGAGAGAGUUGAAAAUGAAACUGUAGAAGAAUGCCAAACCGAAGAUGAAACUGGAGAAGAAGUUGAGACAAUAAACAAUGACACUACAGAAGAGCAUGAGACAGCUGAAAAUGGAGAAACUGAUGAAGAUAAAACUGCAGAAGAAGGUGAGACAACUGAAGAUAAAACUUCAGAAGAUGGACAAAAUGCUGAAGCAGAAACUGUUGGAGAGGAUGAAAUAACUGAAGAUGAAACUGCAGGGGAGGGUGAGGCAUCAACUAAAAAUGAAUCUAUAGACGAAGGAGAGACUGCUGAAGCUGAAACUGAGAGCAAUAUAGGUGAUGAUGAAACUGCAGAAAAGAAUGAGACAGCUGAUAACAACACUGUAGAAGAGCAUGAGACAGCUGAGAAUAAAUCUGUAGAAGACGGGCAAGCUGAAACUGCAAGAGAGAGCGAUUCAGGUGAGGAGGACACCGCAAAAGAGAGUGAGACAGCUGAGAAUGAAAUGGCAGAAAAUGGCCAAACUGCUGAAGCAAGAGAGGGUGAGACAGAUGGUGAUGAACCAGCAGAAGAUGAGCAGAAUACAGAAGCUGAUGCAGGCGAGGGAGAUACAGCUGAUAAUGAAGCUGUAGAUGACGAGCAAACUGCUGAAGAGAGUGAGACAGCUGAAGAUGAAACAGAAGCAGAGAGAGAUACUGCGGAGGGGACAUCGGUUGAAGAAAGAGGAACUGAUGUACAAAGAGCCAAUGAAGAUGAAGACAACACAGAUGAUGCAGGAACUGCAGGAGGUGUGUCAGCUGAGGAAAAAGAGACUUCUGAAGUAGAAACAGCAGAUGAGAGGACCACUGAAACUGAAACUGAGAUGUCUGAAGAGAAAGCUUCUGUUGAAGAUAGCAACAUGGCUGAAGACAAGAAUGCUGUGGUAGAGUUGGCAGAGCAAACUCCUGAUCAUGAGACGACUGGAGAAGAGACAGACAAGAGUCAGUCAAACGAUGAGGAAGACAAGGAAACUGAAAAAGCAGAGGAGGAUGUUCUUUCUCACAUUGAGGACACUAAGAGUCAUGAUGUCUUGACUAAUCGUGCGCUAAUUGAAGAUGAAACACCCCCUAAGAACAAUGGUGACAUUGUUCUAGAUAGUGUUGAUGAUAAAGGUGAAGAAAGUGAUAAAGAAGAUGAUAAUGUGGAGGUAAUGGCAAACAAAGCUGGUUAUGUGGCCAACACUGGUGAAUCAGCUGAAGCUGGUGAUGAAGCUGAGGAUGACACAGAGCCAGAUGUGGAGACAGAUGAAGGGGAGCAUAAUAGGAACGCUCUACCUUUACAGCCUCUGUUACAGCCAAAACCAAAAGAUGACAAACCAGAUGGAGCAACUUCAUUUAAUGUUUUGGUAAAGCACAAUUCAGAGUUCGAAGAUGGUGCCGAUGCUGAUGUAGAAGACUCAGAAACAGAAGAACACAACCAAGUCAUAGAUUUGAGUUCUGAGUCAGAGAGCAAGUCACAGAGGAAAACUGCACAUAAAACCUUCAAGAUGCUCAUUCACACUCUGAAUUUCCUCAAACUCUCAGCCGCUGGACUACCAAAGAGCAGGGAAGAGGAUAAUGAACAUGAGGUUGAAGAUGAAGAGACUCCAGAAGACGGCAGUGAUGAUGCAGAAGAGAGUUCCUGUGUGGAGAAAGAUGAGGUGGAAGAGAAUGGAAAGGAGAAGGGCAAACUCUCAGAUAUUACAGAGGACACAGCAAAAUCUGAGGAGGACCAGACAAAUGAGACUAGUGAUGAUUCAGAGGACCAUGAAUGGGAAUCAUCUGAAAAUUCCUUGCAAAAGCAGAUAACAAAGUCAUCCCUGGAAUCUCAGCCAGGUUCCUUUGAGGAAGUUCAAGAGGAACAGGCAAAAAAUCAGAAAGGUUUAAAUCAUCUGAAAGCCAACUGGUAGAAUCCUUCUUCAGCAUAAAAGAAAAGAACCAAAGAUGCUCUUUAGCAUGUAAAAAUGGUUCCAGAGGGGUUAUUUCUCUAUUAUCCUUAGACCUUAUAAUAAUUAUCAUAAGUUAGCCCUUUGGAUUCCUUAUUUUAUUUAUCAAAGAGUAACAUAUAAUGCACUUUACUUAUUAUUCACUUGUGAUUCCAUUAUAUAUGCAGAUUAUAUAUGCAAAAGCACAGCAUUACUACUCAGGUACUGUAAAAAGGGAACUGCUGAAACUUGAACAGCACAUAAAGCUUUUCUAACUUGAUGGAAGGAAAAUUGUUUAGAAUUUUAGUAUAUUUAUGUCAGAACAACAUAUUUAAUUGCAGUUAUUUACAGUAUAUAAUUCACCCAGUUGUAAGCCUUAGCCAUUGGAGGGACUGUUGACAAGGGUUAAUUAUGCAUCAUAGUUACUGUAUCAUACUGUAUAUGUAUGUACUGCUAUACAAAUGUUCCACAGUGUAAAUGAAAAAUCACACAUCAGAGUGACAUGUAAUGGAAAUCAGGGGCAUAAACUGUGGUUAUGAGUGCACAAGAAUGAAUGUAUAUUGAACAUAUUUGAAUCUGAAUGUUUGUUUCAUUGUAACAAUAUGAAUGAUCUAAUUUACUCGUAGGUUGCUUGUGAGAAAGCAUACCUUUAAAAAACAGAAACUUUUUUUUAUCCCUGCUAAAACAUGAGAUGUCCAUUCCAUCUGACUUAGUCAGAAUAUGUACACUAAUGCUUACUUUUAAAGUAAGUGCACUGAAUGCAGAUGUAUAUGAUUGACAUCACCAGAAAUCACCAAUAUACAGCAUAUUGUGUAUUAUAAGGAUUAAGGUACACACAUCAAGACAUGCCUUAGAUGUUUUGCCACAUAAAGGACUGUACAUCUAAUGGACUAUGUUGUCUGUUUUGUUCACACAAAACUCUAAUGUGAAGUGAUGCAGAUGCAAAUGCGGUUCCUUCAUUGCAGUUUCUUUUCUGCUGGCCAAACGCUUAAUGGUUAACUGAAAUACAAUAUAUUCCUUGUUACUUGAAUGUACUAAUUU